ACGUUCCAACAUGGCGGCCCUUUGUAUUGAACUGCUGCGUAGCCAGUUGAAAUUAGUGUAAAAUAAACACUAAAUUAUCAACAUAGAGAACCCCAAUGAGAUAUAAACAGCACAUUAAGCUAUCGUGGAGCUUUUGGUUUGAUAACAUGCCUUAAUGGACAACCAGAAGUUCAAUAUGGAUUAAAAACGUUCUUCAAUGUAGGAUUGAAGCAAUGCUGGGUUUUUUGACAGCAAGGCAGGCUGGUCUGGAUGACCCUCUGCGACUUAGACGUGCAGAGUCAACGAGAAGGGUCCUCAGUUUGACGCUGAAUCCUGACAGAGAUGUGGACAGAGUCCAUGGAAAUGGCAUCAAUGCCAUUGACAUUGAUGCAGUAGAGGGCAGAUACAUGUUGUCUGGUGGAGCAGACGGAGUAAUCGUCGUCUAUGACCUGGAGAACUUCAAUGGGAAACCACAGUACACCUGCAAGGCAGUUUGCACAGUUGGCAGGUCAAGUCGACAUGUGCACAAAUUCAGUGUGGAGACAGUCCAGUGGUAUCCUUAUGACACUGGCAUGUUUGUCUCCAGUUCCUUUGACAAGACCAUGAAAGUCUGGGACACUGAGACACUGAAGCCUGCUGAAGUCUUUGAGUUUGAGGGCAAUGUCUACAGCCACCACCUGUCCCCCAUCGCAAGGAAGCACAGUCUCAUUGCAGUUGGCACCAAAAACCCUAAAAUCCAGCUGUGCGACCUGAAGUCUGGUUCACGGAUUCAUGUUCUUCAGGGUCACAGAGCAGAGGUCCUGGCGGUGCGUUGGUCGCCCAGAUACGAACACAUCUUAGCCACUGCCAGUGCAGACAGCAAAGUGAAAGUAUGGGAUGUGCGUCGGGCUUCUGGUAGUCUCCUCACUCUGGACCAGCAUAAUGGAGACAAGUCAAAAGCCUCUUCUGAGGCAGUGAACACAGCUCAUAACGGCAGAGUGAAUGGCCUGUGCUUUACCGGUGAUGGCCUCCACCUCCUCACAACUGGAACUGAUGACCGUAUGAGACUAUGGAAUAGUGCCACUGGGGAAAACACACUGGUAAAUUACGGGAAGGUCUGCAACGAGAGUCGUAAAAGGCUCCAGUUCACAGUGUCCCGUGGCUGCAGCCCGGAGUUUGUGUUUGUGCCAUGCGGCAGCUCAGUCGCUGUGUAUGCCCUCCACACAGGAGAACUGGUCACGAUGCUCAGGGGCCACUACAACAACGUCGACUGCUGCGAGUUUCACACAGACUACCAGGAGCUGUAUAGUGGAGGUAAAGACUGUAACAUCCUGGCGUGGGUUCCUAUCCUUCGCACCGCAGAUGUGGAAGAAGAGUCGAACAGCGCACCAGCGAGAGCUGUGGGCCAGGCUUCGGUGAACCCUGCCUUUCAGGAUGCAUGGAGCAGCGAUGAAGAUUAACGCUGGUGUUUUGAAUGUGUUUUGAAAGAAGAUGUGGAGGUGUGUGACCAUGCAAACCAGCACACAGCCGUCACCAUUAACUUGUCAGCUCCACGGAAACGUGGGUUCAAAGAAGUGUCUCAUUUCUUUCACCAUCGCUGUCGAAGAGGAAGGCCUUAAAACUGAAAUGUGUAAAUAAUUGUUCGACUUUAUAAAUAUGCACAAUGUUAUGACAGUUUUUUGUACAUUUUAUAUAGUUUUGUUUUUAUUAUUUUUUUUUUAUUAUCAUUUGAAAGUAAAGCCCAGAAAUAAUAAAGAGCUUCAUGUUGCAAAAGG